CAACAGCUGCGGACGAAAGUUUCCUCAGAGGAAUGGAAGCGUCUUUCAGACCUCUUCUUGACUUUUUGCUUUGCGACCAUGAGGUGCGACGCUCCACCGGCGUGGAUUUAAGGAUUUAACUUUGGAGUUCUUUCGGGAAAACCUCUGCUGGAAGUGAUUUUUGGAUUUUAUUUUUAUUUUUUUCAGUCGCGUGUGAGUUUGUUUUUGCGGGGGGAUAUGUUUCUCUCCACGCAGUGCCGCACAUUAGCGGGUUUUCUCGUGCUCUUCGGGGUGUUUUGGGGCGUCCAGCGUGGGACCGCUACCGAGUUAAGGACGUGUCCCGCUCCCUGCUCGUGUUCUGGGGAGCUCGUGGACUGCAGUCGACUGAAAAGAGCCCCGAUCCCAAGAUCGUUCCCAGAAUGGACCGUGCAACUCGACCUGAGCCACAACAAACUGCAGACACUCGACAGCACUUUGUUUUCCAACCUACAACAUCUGAGCGAAAUAAAACUGAACCACAACGAGCUGGAGGAAAUACCAGACCUGGGUCCCGCCUCCUCCAACAUCACAACCCUGAUACUUGCAAACAACAAGAUCGCAAGGAUUUCCAUGGAGCAGCUGCAGCCCUUCCUGGCACUGGAAACACUGGAUCUCAGCAACAACAACAUUGUGGACGUGAAGGCAAAGUCCUUCCCAAGUCUGCCUCUCAAGAACCUGUUCCUCAACAACAAUCGUAUCUCGUCGUUGGAGACGGGAUGCUUCACCAACCUGUCCAGUAGUCUCUUGGUUCUGAGGUUGAACCGCAACAGACUGUCCUCCAUCCCAGCCAAGAUCUUCCAGCUCCCCAACCUCCAGCACCUGGAUUUGAGCAGGAACCGGGUCCGCAGGGUGGAAGGCCUCACCUUCCACGGACUGCACGCUCUUAGCUCUCUGAAGAUGCAGAGGAACAGUCUGAGUCGCCUUAUGGAUGGAGCCUUCUGGGGCCUCAGCAACAUGGAAGUCCUGCAGCUGGACUAUAACAACCUGACAGAGGUGAGCAAAGGCUGGCUCUACGGCCUGCUGACUCUGCAGCAGCUCCACCUUGGCCACAACGCCAUCAGUAGGAUCAGACCUGACGCCUGGGAGUUCUGCCAGAAACUCAGCGAGCUCAACCUCUCCUCCAACCAUCUCUCCAGACUAGAGGAAUCCAGCUUUGUGGGUCUCAGUCUGCUGGAUCAACUUCACAUUGGGAAUAACCGGGUCAGCUUCAUUGCAGACGGAGCAUUCCGGGGUCUUUCCAACCUGCAGACACUGGACCUCCAGAGUAACGAAAUCUCCUGGACCAUAGAGGACAUGAACGGCCCCUUCUCUGCUCUGGAUAAUCUGAAGAAACUGUUUCUGCAGGGAAACCAGAUUCGCUCAGUCACCAAGAAGUCCUUCUCGGGUCUGGACGCGCUGCAGCACCUUGAUCUGAGCAACAACGCCAUCAUGUCCAUCCAGGCCAAUGCUUUCUCUCAAAUAAAGAACCUCCAGGAGCUACGCCUCAACACCUCCAGCCUGCUGUGCGACUGCCAGCUGAAGUGGCUUCCUGUCUGGGUGGCAGAGCAAACCUUCCUGCCCAGUGUCAACGCCAGCUGUGCCCACCCGCAGUUGCUCAAGGGCAAGAGUGUGUUUGCUGUCAGCGCAGAGGAGUUUGUGUGCGACGACUUUCCGAAACCUCAGAUCACGGUGCAGCCCGAAACCCAGUCCGCUCUGAAGGGCUCCAACGUGACCUUUGUAUGCUCGGCGGCGAGCUCCAGCGACUCGCCCAUGACCUUCGCCUGGAAAAAGGACAACGAGGUUCUGAAUGACGCCGAGAUUCACAACCAGGCGCACCUGCGCGUUCAGGGCGGGGCAGCAGGCGAGACGGAGGUGACGGAGUACACCACCACGCUGCAGCUCCGAGGAGUGCAGUUCACCAGUGAGGGAAAGUACCAGUGCGUCAUCUCCAACCACUUCGGCUCCUCGUACUCCACCAAGGCCAGACUCACCGUCAACAUGAUGCCAUCCUUUACUAAGACCCCAAUGGAUUUGAGUAUCCGGGCUGGGGCGACAGCGAGACUGGAGUGUGCCGCCGUGGGUCACCCAUCGCCCCAGAUUGCCUGGCAGAAAGAUGGCGGAACCGACUUCCCAGCCGCUCGUGAACGCCGCAUGCACGUAAUGCCAGAGGACGACGUGUUUUUCAUCGUGGAUGUGAAGACGGAGGAUAUCGGCGUUUACAGCUGCACAGCUCAGAAUUCAGCCGGCUCCAUUUCCGCGAAUGCGACCCUCACUGUUCUUGAAACGCCAUCAUUCCUUCGCCCACUCAUGGACCGAACUGUGGCCAAGGGCGAAACUGCUGUGCUCCAGUGCAUCGCUGGCGGCAGCCCUCCACCCCGGCUGAACUGGACUAAGGACGACAGCCCCCUUGUGGUGACGGAGCGCCACUUCUUUGCAGCGGCGAACCAGCUCCUCAUCAUAGUGGAUGCAGCGGAAGCAGAUGCAGGGAAGUACACCUGCGAGAUGUCCAACGCUCUCGGCACAGAAAGGGGAAACAUCCGGCUCGCCGUCAUCCCCAAUCCAAACUGCGAAUCCGGAGUGCAGGGUGCCGUCGGGGUUGGAAUCAUCGGCGGGUCCGGCACAGACGAGGACGGUUGGACAACAGUGGGGAUUGUUAUCAUUGCGGUGGUCUGCUGUGUGGUUGGCACGUCGCUGGUGUGGGUGGUGAUAAUCUACCACACGCGAAGACGCAACGAGGACUGUAGCGUCACCAACACAGACGAGACCAACCUGCCCGCUGACAUCCCCAGCUACCUGUCCUCUCAGGGCACGCUAGCGGACCGACAAGAUGGCUACAUCCCAUCUGAGAGUGGCAGCGGUCACCAGUACAUGGCACCCUCCAUCAGCGGGUUCUACAUGCCGCCCAAAGACAUGAAUGGUCACUGCCAGAUUGACACCGGUAGUGAAGUGGACAUUGAGGCGGCACUGGAUCCUCUGCUGUGUCACUAUCAAGGUCCAAUCGGGUCACUGUUGCGGAGAGACAACAUGUAUUCUGCUGACCCGACAGACGUCUACACGGGAGUCGAACAGAGAUCGAACACCUACAUUGACUCCUACAACCCCCAAAGACGGGACUACUUCCUGUCUGAGACCUAUGACCUCUGCUCCUCCCCCGGGAUUAUGCAGUUCCCCAAUGGAAGUCUCCAUCGCGGCACCAUUUAUAAGCAAGACGACCGCCGGACGUCCACAGAGAGCGACCCUAAUGAAGGCUCGGAGGACUGCAUCCCACCAUCGUACAGCUCCUUCAUGGGAACGUUUGGGAAAUCCCCCUGGAGGCCCCAGCAGGAGCAGCACCCCGGGUUCCUCCCUCCGUCAGUAUCAAACAGUGGCACAUCCCUCCAGGAGAACCCAUACACAGCUCCAGACGUGGACUCCCAUCAUGAGGAGGACGAGGAUUUAGAGCAGAGCAGCAGCGUUUACGAAGAGCCCUUCGACGGCGGCAGGACGGAUCUGACCCGCAGGUCCAGCACCUAGCCAGACUUUUGUUGUACAUGAAGACCAAAAGGAAACUUCUACCUCACUGAAAGAACAUUUGCAAUAAGGAGGCGGUGCCAGCGGUGAAUGUAACAGACGACUUCAGCGGAAUAUUCUACAUGACUGUACACAUUGUUUUAUGAGAAAAGUUUAUUGUAAAUUGUACAUAACAGAUUAUUUUUGCUUACUUCCUUUCUUGUGUUGUGCAGAGGUCACAUGUUGUUGUUGGCUUUGAAUGAAGCGAUGUUUUGCACAUGUGUAAAGAGAAUAAAGAACCUUAAUGUGUGAUGUCAACUCUUCUGUC